UAACAACAAAAUCCAAAGGAGGGAAAUAAACGGCUUAUCUCCUUAGCUCAUUUCUCUGUUUCAUUCUCUUCAAUAGUUAUGGCUAUGGAGGACUCCAUCCCAAACAUUUCCAAUCCAGAAACUAAUCAACAACCUCAAAAUACGCCGUCGCCGGAAAAAUUAAUUGGUAACCAUGGACUUACAAAGAGGAUUCUACGUCGCGGAACCACUUGGCAAACCCCAUUUCCUGGUGAUGAAGUUGAAGUUCAUUAUAGUGGGCACGUUGAGGAUGGCUCUUCUCUGGGAUCAAGCCUUGAAAAAGGAGCUCCUUUCAAGUUCAAACUGGGACAACGUGAAGUUAUUGAAGGAUUAGAUGAAGGGGUGGCUACUAUGAAAAAAGGGGAGAGAGCCAUUUUCAAGGUACCACCCCAAUUAGCCUAUGGAGAGGCUGGUUUUCCGCCCCUCAUUCCGCCUCAUUCGACCCUCAUCUUCGACGUCGAAAUGAUAUCUUGGAGCACCAUAAGGGAUGUUACCGGAGAUGGAGGUGUAUUAAAGAAGAUCAUCACCGAGGGAGAAGAUUGGGCGACUCCUAAAGAUGGUGACGAGGUUUCAGUCAAGUAUGAAGCCGAGCUCGAAAAUGGCACUAAACUUUCUAGCUCCGAGAGUGUGGAAUUUCAUAUAGGGGAUGGAAAGUUAUGUCCUGCCAUUCAUAAAGCUGUAAAAACAAUGAGAAGAAAAGAAAAAGCAGAGCUUUCUGUUAGGUUCUCUUAUGGAUUUGAAGAGCAACAUGGAAGUGUAGAAGCCAUAACAAGUGAUUCAAGUUGUUCCAACAACUUAACAAUAUUUCUUGAGCUGUUAUCUUGGAGAAGUGUUGUGGACAUUGUUGGGGACAAGAAGAUCUUCAAAAAGGUUAUUUCUGCUGGAGAAGGUUUGAGUUAUCCAAAUGAAGGUUCUUUGAUUAAAGUUAUAUAUGUUGGAAAACAAGAAGAUGGAGCCAUUUUCGAGCGAAAGGGGUCUAACGAAGAGCCAUUCGAGUAUAUGUGUCUAGAAGGUCAAGUUAACGAGAACUUAGACAAAGCAAUAAUGACUAUGAAAAAGGGAGAAAAGGCACAAAUCUUUGUUUCUUCUGAUGAUAUGCAAGGUGAUCAUGAAGUAUCAGAAACAAAAAUUAGUAGUUCAAGGCUUCUCUAUGAGGUUCAACUACUAGACUUCACAAAGGAAAAACCAGUCUGGAAGAUGGAGACACAGGAGAAAAUCGAAGCGUGUGAGAAGAAGAAGGAAGAGGGAAAUGCAUUGUUUAAGGCAGGGAAGUUCUGGCUUGCUUCCAAGAAAUAUGAAAAGGAAAAGGAUCUGACUUAUGAACUGAUUAAUAAUGUUGAUAAUGAGCUUUUAUUUUGCUUAAAAUUGUUUUCUGAUUGGAAAAUUUACUUGUGUUUGGUAACUACAAUUUGUAUGCAGGCUGUAAAAUGCAUAGAAUUCAACCAUAGUUUCUCAGAUGAGGAGAAGCGUAAAGCAAAUGGACUGCUGUUAUCUAGUAAUCUGAAUAACGCAGCAUGUAAGCUUAAAUUAGAAGACUUUGUUGGAGCUGCAACACUAUGCAGUAAGGCUUUAGAGCUUGAUCCAGAUAACAUCAAAGCUCUGUUCAGAAGAUCUCAAGCUUAUUUGCAAACCUCUGAUUUAGACAAAGCUGAGGCUGAUAGCAGAAGAGCACUAACAAUUGAUCCAAAUAAUAGGGACAUCAAGCUUAUUCUUCAGGUGAUAAAGACUAAACAAAAGGAACAUUCCUUGUACCAAGCUCAGUUGUUUGGUACAAUGAUCUCAAAAAUGGUCUAAUUUGUUCAUAAUGUAACUAGAUUAAUUGCAACUGUGUAUCAUUUAUCUGAGAUUAUUAUGUAUACACUCUUCUUAAUUAAUUUAUCAUACUGUAAUAUCAGGUAACACUUAGGCCUAUUAAAAAAAAAAAAAAAGGUAACACUUAGGCAUGACAAAUUGACAAUAUUGUAAUAUUAUGUAAUACUUAGACAUGUCAUGUUAUGUUGUUUGAAUAAUUUUCUUUUGAUGGGACGAAUUAGAAAUAAAGCUUAAGUUCUAGUCA